CUCUGACGGCGAAAAUCGGAAGGCGUCGAACUUUCACGCGUGUUUACAUCUUUCCAAGAAGUUCUCGAACGUUCGCAAUCAUACUCUUCGAUAUCUAAAUAAAGAUACACAUCACAUGUUUGCUCAAUAUUAGCUUCUGUAUCUUCUACUUAAAACGGAACAAAAUAAUUUCUGUUUGCGGCUGAAACUUGUAACCGGCACAUUUUCUUUCCCUUCCAAGGCUUUUGUUAUUUUUCCUGCCGACGGCGAGGAGGUAAAAAAUGUCGGUUGUCGGUCUUGAUGUUGGGAGUUAUACCUCGUAUGUAGGAGCUGCAGCGGGAGGUGGAAUUGAAACCAUCGCAAAUGAGUACAGUGACAGAUGUACUCCGUCCUAUGUUUCGCUUGGUGAAAAGAGUCGAAGUGUGGGAACUGCUGCAAAAAAUCAAGCAACAACAAACUUGAAAAACACAAUCACAUGUUUCAAAAGGUUUUUGGGACGUUCAUUUGCUGAUCCAAUGGUACAAAAUGAGAUCAAGACAUAUUUGAAACCAUUUGCAGUAGUUGCUGGUACUAGUGGGGAAACACUCAUUGAGGCAAACUAUAUGGGAGAGCGACAGGCAUUUAAAGCUGAACAGUUGAUGGCAAUGCUGUUGACAAAGUUGAAGGAAGUCGGAGAAAAAGCUCUGAAAACUAAAGUUGUAGAUAUAGUUGUCUCUGUUCCUAGCUUUUACACAGAGUUGGAAAGGAAGGCAAUGUUAGCAGCAUGUAAAAUAGCAAGUCUUAACUGCCUGAAGAUAAUGAAUGACACGACUGCUGUGUCUCUUGCAUACGGAAUAUACAAACAAGAUCUGCCAGCAGAAAAUGAGAAAUCUCGAAAUGUUGUCUUUGUUGAUUUGGGAUACAGUUCAAUGCAAGUGGCGAUAACUGCCUUCAACAAGGGAAAACUUAAGGUUUUGGCAACACAGUCUGAUGCUAACUUGGGAGGGCGAGAUUUCGACCUUCUGUUGGUCAAUCACUUCAUAGAGGAGUGGAAAACUAAAUACAAGAUUGAUGUUCAUUCUAAACCAAAGGCCUAUAUACGACUGACACAAGAAUGUGAGAAACUGAAGAAGCUGAUGAGUGCAAACACACAGCCUAUACCUAUAGAUAUAGAAUGUUUUAUGGAUGAUAAAGAUGUACAUGGAAAGUUGGAGAGAGCAAAGUUUGAAGAAAUGGCAGGACCAUUAUUACAGAAAGCAGAAGUCGUGUUCAAGAAGAUACUGGAAGUAUCGAAAAUGAACCCAGAUGAUAUAUACUCUGUAGAGGUAGUGGGCGGGGCCAGUCGUAUACCUUCCGUCAAGGAGUUAGUCACAAAAAUUUUCAGGAAAGAACCUAGUACAACAUUAAAUGCAGAUGAGGCAGUAGCUAAAGGCUGUGCUCUUCAGUGUGCAAUUUUAUCACCAACAUUCCGUGUGAGAGACUUUGCUAUACAGGACUGUCAGCAAUAUCCAAUCACUCUGUCUUGGCAAGGUGGGGGCCUGGAGGAUGAUAGUUCUAUGGAGGUGUUUCCACAAUUCCACCAGAUUCCAUUCUCAAAGAUGUUGACAUUCUACAGAAAAGAACCAUUUACUUUGGAGGCAAGAUACAGUAACCCUAGUCAAGUUCCUACACAACAGUCUGGCAUAGGGGUAUACAAGAUAACAAAGGUUCAACCACAGGCAGAUGGAGAAAGUUCUAAAGUGAAAGUGAAAGUAAGGAUCAAUAAUAAUGGUCUGUUCAAUGUACAAUCAGCAAGCAUGGUAGAGAAAGUUGAGGUCAAAGAGAAUGAACAGGAACCAGAGUCAAUGGAAACAGAUGGCACAAAGGAAGGGGAUGCUAAACAAGCUAAAACUGAGAAUGAAUCUAUGGACACCGAGCAAGGGCCUACGGAAACUCCACCCAAUGAUAACAACACUGAACAAAAAGAUGUUGAAAUGAAAGAAGAAAAUGAUAGUAAAGAUAAUAAAGCAGAGAAAAAGGAUGAAGGCAGUACAAAGAAAGAGAAGAAACCGAAAACAAAGAGUGUUGAUCUUCCAGUGGAAGUGUUCAGUUCUGACUUUCCAAAUGAUGUCUUAAAUCUUCUACAAGAGAGAGAGAAUCAUAUGAUUAUGCAAGAUAAGUUAGAGAAGGAGAGAUGUGACGCUAAGAAUGCUGUAGAAGAAUAUGUGUAUGAAAUGAGGGAUAGACUGUGUGGCCCGUAUGAAGAAUUCUGUCAAGAAGAUGUACGAGAAAACUUCAGUAAAUUACUUGGCGAUACUGAAGACUGGUUAUAUGAUGAAGGAGAGGACCAGAAAAAACAAGUCUACCUGGAUAAAUUAGCAGAACUUAAAAAAUCUGGUGACCCGAUUGCAAAUAGAUACAGGGAAUCAAGUGAGAGACCAGCAGCUUUCAACGAGCUUGGUACAGGUUUACAGCAUGUAAGGAAGUUCCUAGAUGCCGUCGAGGCCAAGGAUGAAAAGUAUAGUCAUAUAGAAAAAGCUGACAUUGACAAAGUGAACAAAUGUUUGAAUGAGAAACAAGAGUGGUUUGAUAAACAAAUGAAUGCACAGAACAAACUGAAAAAACAUGAAAAUCCAGCUGUGCUGGCAAGUCAGAUUAGACAAACAAGACAGGAUUUAGAUACGUUAUGUAAUCCAAUAAUCAACAAACCAAAACCAAAGCCAAAAGAGGAACCACCAAAAGAUGAUAAGAAAGGUGAAAAGAAGGAAGAAAAGAAGGAAGAUAAAUCAGAAUCAAAGGAUGGAGAAAAGGACGACUCAGCGGGAGAUGCAAAACCCAACGGUCCAGCGGAAAUGGAUGUUGAUUAAUAACAAUCAAGCUUAGAAUAAAUAAUUUAUACCAUUCUUUCAUUUGUAUUUGUAAGAAAUUGUGACACACUGUCGUGUAACAAGCUUCUUGUGAUAAGCUGUGAGAUCUUACUGGUACUUAAGUAAUUGAAUACAUAAUUUAUAAGUAGGGAGGUUGAACAAAGAUUGUUUUAUAAAACUGAAAGUUAAUUUAAAGGAAGUUCUGAUAACAAAGCGUAUUAUGAUAUGAUUAUGCUGUUUAUUGAAUCAAAAUUAAAAGGAAGAUUAAUUUUUUUGACAACAUGGUGAGAAAUACAGAUCAUUGUUAAUGGUAACAGUUGAAAUGUCAGUGGAAAGUUGAUAUUGUUUGAUAGAAUGUUAAACAUUUUGUGUUGGUUUAAGAUUUUGCUUUCCAAGUGUAUUGUAUUGUUUUGUUUUUAGUUGAAAGAGAACUUCUGCAUUAAAGUCUGGCAGAACAAAAAAUGUUAAAUUUUCAGCAUGUUUAAUUAUUCUUGCUAUAUCACAUGUAUACACAUAUCACAUGAUGCAUGAAAAAUGUUUUUAUGAACUAGACCAGAAGAAGACACAAGGGUGUUCAUUUCUGUUCCAGUCCAUACCAGUAUAUGCUGUUCAAUAAUAAGUGAUUUAUAUAUAUGGUACUUGGCUAGAAUUCUUUCUUUCACUCGUUAGACUUUUUAAAUACGAGUAUAUUAUUGGAUUAAAUUAUACAUGCAUGUGAAUGGUACACAAGUAGAAAUACUGAAAACAGGUAUAGCACAGUUCCAAAUCAUUCAUUCCUAUUUAAUGACAUAAGUUCUUAUCUUCGGUGGCAAUAUAUAUUCCAAGUUUGUCCACAUACAUGGUUGCACACUUUGGGGGUUUUGGGAAAAGUUUGGAUUUGUGGAAAAUAGGUUAUCACCUUUGAAAAUUAAUGGCAUUAGUACAGGAAAACUCAGUUCCUACAGUUGUAAUACACUUUCCUCAUGUCUAGAGGUAUACUGUAGUAUCUGAAUAAGAAUUUGAGCCGUGCCAUGAGAAAAUCAACAUAGUGGGUUUGUGACCAGCAUGGAUCCAGACCAGCCUGCGCAUCUGCGCAGUCUGGUCAGGAUCCAUGCUGUUCGCUAACAGUGUCUCUAUUUGCUAUAGGCUCUGAAAGCGAACAGCAUGGAUCCUGACCAGACUGCGCAGAUGCGCAGGCUGGUCUGGAUCCAUGCUGGUCGCAAACCCACUAUGUUGGUUAUCCCAUGGCGUGGCUCAUUUUAUUGUUUCACAGAAGUAAACAGAGACCUACAAUAUAGUAUGUAUUAUAUCUCUGAAAAGACAUUAUGUUCAAAGUAUUUAAUGUCCACCAUGUAACCAGUUGUUAACUGUGGCUAGUAUAUGGUAGCUGUCACUGUGGGGCACCUUGCAUGUGUAGUCACUGACAGACUGUUAGAAAAAUGUAGGUUGUACUGAUGUCUUAAAGUGUUAAUGUACACACUUUUUGUGUUUGAGAUUUUUAGCUGUUGCACUUUCAGAUGUGAUACUUUGAGUCAAUUUUGUUCAAUAGGUACAUCCAUUUUCAUUAUGCGCACAUUAUAUGAUUUGAUUUUAGUUAUAUUUGCUCUGAAAUUGAAACAUUACAAUGUAGCAUUUUUUCAAUCGAGUAUAAAUCGAGUAUUACCUUAGUUUUCAAUACUGAAAUAUCAUGAAUUUCAUCAAUUGAUAGUCCAUAUCUUCACUGUUCUUCAAAAACCUUGUCUGUCAUUUUUAGUCACUUUUCAGGAGAUGGAAAAAAAAAGAUCAUGGUCUGCACUGUUUGCUAUUCAGUCUGUAAUUUUUCAGAACAUCCCUUUGAAUAGUAAGUGGUACUGCCCAAAUUGAAUGAUGGUCCAGUCCAUUUUAGAAAUUUAGCAUGGUAAAGGUUAACAACUUUAACAUUGGUUAGAAUCUUCAGUAUUUUUGUUGGUUGUGAAAUGAAGCAGGAAUAAGACACGGUAUUUGAAGAAUAGUGAUGAUAUGCAUUUAGGACUUGUCCCAUUUAAAAGUGCUUAAUCAACAUUGUAUUGCAAUAAAGAUUAUUCAAGUUAGCUGCUGUGCUGAAAUUUUGGUGGGGAAAAUUAUACUUUACACAUGAACAGUAUUUUGCUGCUCUUGGAUUGUAGCUAUAUAGGAAUCUAUGCUUAAUGUAUUUGGUGGAACAAAACUUGUAUGGGCACUAAAACAGUUGUAACGAAAAAAUACUGCAGCUGUAUAUUUAAGAGAAAAAAUAGUGGGUUCAUAUCAUUAUUUUGAUAAAUGUAUUUCCAUAGUUUUUACUAAUUAUUUUUAGCUUGAUUGUGAUGAAAGCUUAAAAACGGGUCUUGUUUCAUGAGAAUGCAAGGUCGUGACCCAUUUUCUAAAAUUUGAGGCUGAUCUAAGUCGGAGUCUCUGAAAAUAGACUAUAAAUAUUUAUAAACUUUAGUUUGUGAAAAAGUGCUAAUCAGUAAGUUGCAGCAAUUUCUUAUGAAGUAUUUAACAUAGAAAUGUUGCUUGUUUAGUGUCAAGGACAAGAAUAAAUUCCAUAGCACACAGAUACACUUCAUUUUUAUUACGAUUUCGUUUCAUGCUUGUGUUUCAUGUUGUCAUGUAUGUUACAAUUUUGUGCAUGUUUCAUCAACAUGUUAAUAUUAAAUAAAUGAUUGAAAGAAA